AUGCGCUGCGACGUUGCCAUUACGGCGUUUCUGGCUUCCGGCGCCACUGCCGCAGCUGUGAAGAAAGGAUUUGUUACUACCAAGGGUACUGCCUUCAAGCUUGAUGGCAAGGACUUCUACUUCGCUGGAGCAAAUGCCUACUAUUUCCCUUUCAACGACCUCGCCGCCGAUGUCGAGAAGGGCAUGGCAGCAGGCAAGAAGGCUGGUCUGAACGUAUUCCGCACCUGGGGCUUCAACGACCGUAACCGUACGACCGUUGCCGGUGGUCUCCCCCAGUACGGUGGCGAGGGCGCUGGCCCUUCGCCCAACGUGCUCCAGUGGUGGAACAACGGCACCGCAGAGAUCAACCUUGCUCCCUUUGACAAAGUCAUCACCGCUGCGGAGAAGACAGGAAUGAAACUCAUCAUCGCCCUCACAAACAACUGGGCCGAUUACGGCGGCAUGGACGUCUACACGACCAACCUGGGCGGCAGGUACCACGACGACUUCUACCGGGAUCCCAAGAUCAAGGCCGCGUUCAAAAAGUACGUCAAAGCCAUUGUGCAGCGCUUCAAGAGCUCCAACGCCAUCAUGGCAUGGGAACUCGCCAACGAGCCCCGCUGCGGCGCCGACGGCGUGCGCAACCUCCCGCGGUCUGAGAGCUGCACGCCCGCGACCAUCACAGCGUGGAUCGACGAGAUGAGCACGUACAUCAAGAGCGUGGACAGAGAGCACCUCGUGACAUGGGGCGGCGAGGGGGGCUUCCACGUCGCGAGUGACGACUGGGCGUACAACGGCGCCGACGGCGGCGACUUCGACCGCGAACUCGCGCUUGGCAACAUCGACUUCGGCGUCUUCCACAGCUACCCGGACUGGUGGAGCAAGACGGUCCCCUGGACGGUGCAGUGGAUCAAGGACCACGCGGCCGCGGGCCGCAGGGCGAAGAAGCCCGUCGUGCACGAAGAGUACGGCUGGCUGACCGACGACAAGAGGCUGGAGUACCUCGGCAAGAGCGAUAACCAGACGCGCGCAGACGUCCUCGGUCUCUGGCAGAAGACGAGCUUGAAGGAGAAGAUGAGCGAUAUGUACUGGCAGUUUGGAUAUAGCGGGUUCUCCUACGGACGGAACCACGACGACGGGUUUACGAUAUUCCUCGAGGAUGCGGAGGCUACGUCGUUGGUCUAUGAGCAUGCGAAGAAGGUCAACGCGCUGAACUAG